AUGCCACAGAGCGGGAAGUUCUCAAGUAGACGGUACUUUAAGGUCCUCUUGUGUUAUGAUGGUUUCUCAGAAUUAAGUAAAAAUGCUGAAGUGACUAAAUGAAAAACCUGAGUCCAACUUCUGUAUUCUGCUGUACCUAUAAAUUUUAUUUACAAAACACAAAUCAGCCGUAUAUUAAAUGUCCAGUUCCUCCAUGUAAUAUCAUAAGUUAUACAGCUUUCCUCCAGAAAUGAACCAAACUCCCCAAGAACGUCUGGAUGCUCUUCUUAAGUCUGCCGAAGAUUUCACUAUCAUUCAAAAUAUAGACAUUUCCCACUAUGCACGGUUUAUCCGGUCGAUGUUUCGCUUAUCUGUCCAGUUCUCAGAAGCAGGCCAAAAAGAAAGAGCGUACAUAUUGUCCAUAAGAGCUGUUUUGUGUAUCCGAGAGUUACCUAAUCAUAAUGGUUACCAGAGACUGGAUCCACGUGUUCAAAACGAACUCAAAAGUCUUGGUAAAUUACUUCCAAAAUCUGCUGAGUUCUUGAAGGAUGAUUUGAAAAAGAAGUACACAGAGGAAUAUGAGCUGUAUAAAAAGUCACUUAGUAUAACUGAAUGGAAAGUGAAUACUAAUGGGCCAGUGGUACCUUUUCUUGAUCAUAGUUCAAAGCCGUAUGAUGACUAUCCAGUUGAUCCCAACUCUUAUAGACUCUCUUUGUCUAACUUAUCUUCAGUCAACGGAACGUUAUAUCCUGCUUUUAAUAAAGCCUUCAACUAUACUCUCGAUGAGCUCCCAAAAUCUUUGUACAGUAACUACGCAGGAAAUUAUGGUUUGACGAAAACAUAUUUAUCCAGACAUCUGAUAAGUGACUUUUUGAACCUAGCUAGUAAAAAUACUAAAGGAAAUCGGGAAACUUGUGGGACCCUGUGUGGGAAAUUAAUUAGUGGCAAUUUCUAUAUUACAAACCUUCUAAUUCCGAAGCAAAGCGGUACUCCAGACUCUUGUGUUACAUAUAAAGAAGAGGAAAUAUUUGAGUACUUAGACAGGAGGCAGCUGAUCACAUUGGGUUGGAUUCAUACACAUCCUACUCAAACUGCAUUCUUAUCGGCUGUUGAUCUACACUGUCAGCUUUCUUAUCAGACUAUGCUUCCGGAAGCGAUUGCAAUUGUAUGCGCUCCUAAAUUCGAUGAUAUUAAAUGUUUUUCAUUAACUCCUGAUCACGGCAUUUCAUUCCUGUCAAAAUGUAAAAAGACGGGUUUCCAUCCACAUGCCACAGAUCUUCCAUUAUAUGAACAAAGUCAACAUGUAAUAUUUGACGAUACUGUUGAACAUUCUUCUGAUGAUCUCCGAUAAUCUGAAAGUCCACAAUGUUUGUACAUUCUUGUUUCACAGGAAUUAAAUUCUUUUAAAACCAAAUGGCAGAAGAAAAACUGACCUUCUCACUCCAACUUUUUAAACUACGAUUCACUAGUUCGGUAAGUUCAGAUGUUGAGAAUGGUAAAAAGUAAACCAUUUCAUUAAUACGACCAAGAAAUUCAUCACGAAGAAAAUGUCUCUGUAAUAUUUAUAGAAAAAAUUAGAUAGCAAAUUAUUAGGAUUAUUACAAGUGAAUCCAUGAUAAUUAGAAAUAUAUAAAAAUGUAACUAAUGUUAACGGUUGCAAAAUACUUGGAUUACGGACGUACUAAUUGAAGUAUAGGAAAAUUUAGGUUACAAAGUUGAUGGUUUAAACGGUUGGCCUACGGUGGUACAUUACUAUCAAUCAGAUUUCGAUAUCAGUUAAUACAUGAAGAAUCGUAAUUGACUCGUUGCAUUAUGCUGUGAUAAACAAUUUACGCGACAGUAAAUUAAGGUGAAUUUUUAAACUAUGAAAUCUAGUUGCUUGUUCACUACUAUUUAUGUCCAAAAUAUAUAUAUACAAUGAUUCUUCAACCGAUGUCAUUUUCUUAUUACAGAGGAGGUAGAUCAGACCAUUUUUGAGUUUUAUUGCUUCGUUAACACUUCCUUUACUGACUAUCUAGCCGUUAUUGAUUCAAUGGAACUUUGAGAAAGAUAUUUUAUAUCCUUUUUUAAUUUCGUCAUGUUAUUUGAUUCGAGAUAUCAAUUUAUUUUUUGUUGGAAAAUAUUUUAAUUUCAAACGCAAAUGGAUGUUCACUUACUAUAUAUAUCGUCACAUCUAAUGUCUUAUCACAAUGUAUCCAAGACCUCACGUAGAAAAGCUAACUAUCAACCUUUAAAUCUUGCAACAAGUAAGAUAUUGCCGAGGCUUCACGAAUUCAGUCAAUUUAGGGCUAGUAUUUGAUUUUACCAACGUUGAUGUCUGUCUUAGCUUAUACUUAAUUUACUAUACAAUUUAAUAGCCUUGCACCAGGACUUCUGAAAAUGCACCUGGAUCGUAAUCACUGGUGAGCGGAUACGAUUAUUACUACUCGGGCAAACCGCAUAUAAGCUUUCAAAAAAAAAGAACGGAAUUAGGAAUUCAGAAGUAAGAAAACAACAAAACUGGCAUCGGUGAAUAACACAAUCAUUGAUUCAGUCAGUCCCACUUAAUCGAAGAGCUAUGAUGAAACUGUCAAUAAGCAAUACAGGACCUGGCAUAAAGCCGUACUGGUUGUGACAGCCCAUAUCAACAAUGGAAAUCUGAGUGCAAAACGUUUUGUUCAAAAAGAAUAAAGGAAAUAUAAGUUUACGACUUACAGUAAAACAAAAAAAUGAAUGCAAAUCUAUCACUGAUCAAUUCUGAAUCAUAAUACUUAAGGGGACUAUUUACUGGAACCCAAUUCAAAUGUGCCAGUCCUACAUUCGAACUCAUUGAUAUAUCCAUAAGAUGCGAUGAGAUUUUAAGGCAUUGUUUUAUAUAACAAUAUAUCUAAAUAAGCUUAUGGUUGACACAAAAUAAAUGAAAAAGAAGACUAAAAUAAUGGAUAACAGUCUAUUAGUCAUCAUUGUUACUGACCUACCUACUCUACUUACCCUUAAUAUCGGACGCAUAACUUUUUCUUUAAAGUCUCGAGAUAUUUCAAUGUCAGCUUCUGAAGUAAAUUUAGAUAAGAAAAUAGACAUUGGAUUCGAAAUGUGAAAAUAAUGCUACAUAAACAUUUCUUGUCGUAUAUUGUCAACCUAUAAAUGCCAUCUACAACAUUCGAAAUUUCGCACUCGUAAAGUAACAGAAUGAGAAAAUUGAGCUUACAUGAUUUUUGAUACGUAGUCAACCGUCUCGUCUGUGUCACAGGUAAGAAAAAUCGAGACAAACAUUUGGUAUAGGAUACCGGGGUCUUAUGAACACAACAACCUGUUAAGGCUUUAUACGAUGAACUGACAACUCGAAAAUAACCUAAGUAGAUAACAAUUGUCUCCAUUCGUAAUUAGCACCAAGACGGAUGCUAAAAAGACUAAGUCAGAAGCCGUGACCUGUGAAACCAACCAAGAUGUAGUUAAAUACCAACCGUCCUAUAUCACGAAUUAACUAGAGUUUGGAAAUAUGGAUCGACAUGGACGCUGUGACUUGAAUAUCUAAUGAUUGUUAAGGAGUCUGGUGCCGUGUAGGGUGAUCCUUAACGAGGGAAAGACAACUGUCAGGGAUUGAUCUCCAUCCUAGGAACUCACUAAUCGACAUGGAGUACGCAGACGAAAUAGUCCUUUUUGAUGAAGAUGCUGGGAAAGCAGUCUUCUAAUUGUCUUGAAUAAUACAUCUUUAAGAUGUGUUUCUUUCCCCCACAUAUAAAAUUGUGCUUUAGCAUUAAUCUACAUCAACCCCUAAACUAAUAACGAGGAGCGAAAUAGUUCCAUGCAUUGACCAACUGAAUUAUCUUGGAUGUUUCAUUAGCCCUGAUAGGUUGAUGUUUGACAAGUCGGUCAUAAUGGUUCAAAUUUUUUCACUGUUUGUGUUCCUCUUGAUCUUUAAUCCCAGUAUUCAUUCAUACAUACCUUUUCAUUGUCUUUUCGAAACAUAUUAUCAAUCUCUAGUCUUUCUUAACAAAAUUGCUACAAAAAUAUUUCCAUUCGUGUUACAAUGAGUCUCAUUAAUUUUAUCACAUCUUAAAUAUGUAGUAUGAAAACUUAGGCUGAUGGACUUUUGUGUUAGACUAUAUGUUGUACUAUUAAAUGACAAACUAAACAGUGAUAAUAAAUGAGUUCAAAAAGUAACGAUAACAACAAACCAUCAUUUCCGGAAACGUAUCGUAGUUGUUGCGCAUGUUCAGCUAUAACUUGACUUCCAACAUUCGAUGUCAUAAUGAAUAUAGCGUCUUUACAGUUAAUUGUAGUGCCACGCCCAUCUGUUAACCGUCCCUAAUAAGAGUAGGAUGUUUAGUAAAUAAGUAGCUAAUAAUAUAAUGAUUACGAAAACGAAUUUAGUUUAUUAACCCCAUUACCUACUCAAAUAGUUAAUUUGACAUAGUUAUUAAUAUUUACAUAAAACAGAAUAUUCACCAUUCCUCACUUUUGAGAUUGGUUACUACUUAUAUACAACUUACUUUUUUUACUUGGUAACACUAAUCUAAUAAUACAUAUUAACACAUAUUACCCCUCGUGGAGCAUAUAUCGCCAACUGCAAAUCUCCAACCUGGACUUUCUUUACAGUUGUUGCCAAGUGCUAUUCAUUCUUUUGAUGUCUGCCAAAUAAGUGUGAGUAAAUAUAACGGUCUUUUUUAUUUGAAAACUAUCACACUGGAACUGCUAAAAUAACAGUUAUAACCAGUUUAUUCUUUUAAAAAUACAUCUGUUAUAUAAAGUGAAGGGAACUUCAAACUGUUAAACACAACUGAGUAAAUAUGAAAUCCAUAAACCAACCACCAUAUCACCCAAUGAAUUAAGACAUGCCUACAAAUUACAUAUUGAAUGUAUACAACUACAUAAUGCAAUAAUCAAAUUUAUCUCGAUUCAUUUAUCUAGUCUCAACAAAUUGUUUAUAUGUUUAGGAUGUAUAUUCUUAUAGUUUAAAAUAUUAUUUGAUAGAGACCAUAAAGUGCUUCAAAUGAGUUAGUUUCUUUACCUCAAAUCAUUAAUCCAAUCUUAACACUUUUCACUUUAUAUACUGACUAACUGGAUAUGCAUUAGAAUCCUAGUAAAACGGUAAAAAUGAUUAGAGAAGCAAUUUCCCUUUAUAUUUCUUAUUCAUAUCGUAGAAACAAAAAUAAAUUACAGAGCUUUAAGUGUUUAUGUAUCCCUGUUAAAUAAUAAUGAUCUUUCUUCGAGUUACUGAUAUACACAUCUUUAAAUUACCGCCCCACAUGACGGAGCCAUUGAAUAACUGUACGCUGAUAUUAAAUAUAGAUAUCAUAAAGUUAAUAAGUCAACAAAACUUCUUGAUCGUGUAUGUUAACAUGACAUGGAGUAGAAAUUGUCACAAAACCAAACAUUUAUUUAAUGUCUUACCACCACAAACUUCAAACACAUUAUUACUAUGGAUAGUUUAUUUCAUAUUGAUGAUCUGUUAUUACUUGUUCUCCAGUUCAUUUGUUACUGUUAGUGUAUCAUAUUUACAUUUAUUUGGUAUUUUGUAUUUUAUGGAAUUUUUCUAUAGCUAUGAUAAUCCAACCUGAUAUUCAAGUGUGUGAAGUAUGUUUGUUUUGUUUCUUUGUGGCUUCUUUGCUCUAUUUUCAGCAAACAUGUUUUCAAGUAUACUUACGUACUUUCAGCAGAAGGGAAAAUAUAUUGAUUUACUUAAUCAACGUUUGAUAAUCAAAUUUCACGAUAACUGCUAAUCUAUAUGAUGAUGUAAUCAAUGAAAUAACGUUAUGGUAUAUAAAAUUACAAAUUUUGCAAUGGGAAACAUAUGAUACACAUAACGUUCAAGUUUCGUAACGAAAUCAUAUGACUGAAACAAUGAAUUUCUCAUUUGUAUAUACAUAGAUAGAUCUGUUGUGGAAACAAACUCGUGAUAAUCAAUAAAACUCAAAGUACAUAUAAACAACAAAUGGUUAUAUU